UUUUUUUGGUGGAACUUGAGUUAUAAAAUUCAUACAUUAAAAGUAUGUCUAAACUCUCUUUACUCUUGAACUUGCAUGAGACUGGUGCAUAGUUUUUAAAAUAAACACACAGUACUGGGGCCACUGCGUGCAAAUAAGGAGCAUCUGUGAUUAUCCCAGGACUUGCAGGUUUAAGGUGAGGUAAAUGUGUUGAUGAUCAGUCAGAUUUUCUUAGAUUGAGGCAGAAAAGCAUGAGAGCACCUGUGCCAGCUCAGUGAGUCCCUGCUUUCCCAAGCUUUCUUUUCCCUCCCCAUGUGCCUCCAAUGACUUUGGGAAGCUGUGUCCAAUCAAUCCUGAUCUGGAGGAUGAGCAGGCAGGAACCUGUUUGUGGUGUUGAGAUGGGAGGGUGCAGCUUUCCCUGGUGCCUAAUUAGAAAGCUAAGCACUUUUGGUCACCUGCAAGCCAAGCUGCUGGCUAUGGAGCAGAGUCUCUUCUGGUAAAACAACAUUUCUGCCUUUGUUUGAUCACUGGGCUCACACUUUGAAUGCUCAGGUUGGAAUGGUUGUUAUCUUUAUGUGGAAACAUGGAAGAAAACCCAUUUUGAGUUCAGUGCUCAGUGGGGAGGGGUUGUUCCAGACUGGUUGGCCUACAGAAAUGGGAUAAAAGGAAUUCUUUAGAGGAUGGGUCGUGUGGUUGGCAGAGAAUGGCGUAAAUGAAGGAGCUUCCAGUGUGCUGCAGCCAAAAGGAGCAACAAAGUGUGCAAGCCUCUAAUUUUAUGCUGACAUUUGACAAGAAACAUGCUGCAUUCUGAGUGACAUCAUCCCUCUGUGCUGAGCACUUGGGAGCAGGUAGAAAGUUUACCCAGGCAAUAACAGUGCUGCGGCAGAGCCUUGGGGUCACAGUGACGCGGGGCAUUGAUUUCAGCUCAGAAACAGGGCACAGCUUACUCUUGGGUUUCUGCAGCCUUUUAAGCUGCCUGUGUAACUGGCUUGCUGGCAGUGGUGAGGUUAUAAAAGGAGAGCCAGCUGAUGUUGCAAUGUAAGCACUGCCCCUGCAGUGGAAAGACUGUCCUUUGGCAUGUUCCCUGCUGCUAUUUUUACCUAUUCCAGUAAGAUCCGCCCUUGUGAUGUUGAAUUACAGAACAGUACCUGGAAUAAUUUUCUGUUACAGAGUGCUGUAUGUGCUGGAGAAAACUUUCAAUAAAAUUGGGCAGAUUGACACUGCCUUACACUGAAAAAGAUUUUCUUCUGUCAGCACAAAUAAUACUGUAGCUGUGACUACAAGAGAUUCUUUCACUAGUAUUUGCAUGUUUUAUGUCUGGUAGAGUUUUUCUUUUUUUAAAUUUUGGCUUCAUUUGUGUACUGAUUAUUUUGUCUUUCUCAGUUUCUCAUGUGGAGACUUUAAGUAGGCAAUGUGGGUUUUAAAGAUGGGGAUUAACAGUGCAGUCCAGGAAUAAGUGGAGUAUGAGGUUUUGACCUAAUUUCUAAAAGGCCAGGCUGGUUGAUGUUGACUAAAUUUUAUUUUGUGUUCCUGCACACUAUAGGAAGUUAAUUUUUUUUCUGAGUGCAAAUUAUCUGCCAAAGCACUGCCAGUGACAAAAUGCUGUAUCUACCCAGGCAUUUGUAGUGGAAACUGGAGCAAACAUCAAGAAUGCCCUGGCAGUGAGACAGAUGAUGUGCUUCAUCCUUUUGUCAUAGACUUCAUUUGCUGAAAGGAAAACUAAAGGCCGCACCAAUGGAGCACAUCCAGGGAGCCUGGAAGACCAUCAGCAAUGGGUUUGGACUCAAGGAUUCUGUGUUUGAUGGCCCCAACUGUAUCUCCCCGACCAUAGUGCAGCAGUUUGGGUACCAGCGCCGUGCCUCUGACGAUGGCAAAAUUUCGGACACGUCCAAAACCAGCAACACCAUCCGUGUUUUCCUGCCCAACAAGCAGCGCACCGUGGUGAAUGUGAGAAAUGGAAUGACCCUGCAUGACUGUCUCAUGAAGGCACUGAAAGUCAGAGGUCUGCAGCCAGAAUGCUGUGCAGUUUUUCGACUUCUUGCUGAACCAAAAGGAAAGAAAGUGCGUUUGGAUUGGAACACAGAUGCUGCCUCCCUGAUUGGAGAGGAGCUACGAGUGGACUUCCUUGACCAUGUCCCACUCACCACACACAACUUUGCUCGGAAGACAUUUCUGAAGCUUGCCUUCUGUGACAUCUGCCAGAAGUUCCUGCUCAAUGGCUUCCGCUGUCAGACGUGUGGCUACAAAUUCCACGAGCACUGCAGCACCAAGGUGCCAACCAUGUGUGUGGACUGGAGCAACAUCAGGCAGCUCUUAUUGUUCCCAAAUUCAAAUAUCAGUGACAGUGGUGUCCCUGCACUACCUCCCUUGACAAUGAGACGGAUGCGGGAGUCUGUCUCCCGGAUACCUGUUAGCUCCCAGCACAGGUAUUCUACACCUCAUGCCUUCACUUUCAACCCAUCCAACCCUUCCUCUGAGGGCUCUCUGUCCCAAAGACAGCGUUCCACCUCCACCCCAAACGUGCACAUGGUCAGCACCACAAUGCCUGUGGACAGCCGGAUCAUCGAGGAUGCAAUUCGAAGCCAUAGUGAAUCAGCCUCACCCUCUGCUCUGUCUGGAAGUCCUAACAAUAUGAGCCCAACUGGCUGGUCUCAGCCUAAAACCCCAGUCCCAGCCCAAAGAGAGCGAGCCCCUGGAUCUAACACACAAGAAAAAAACAAAAUUAGGCCUCGUGGACAGAGAGACUCCAGUUAUUACUGGGAGAUAGAAGCCAGUGAAGUGAUGCUCUCCACCAGGAUAGGCUCAGGCUCUUUUGGGACAGUUUACAAGGGCAAGUGGCACGGGGAUGUAGCAGUGAAGAUCCUAAAGGUUGUAGACCCCACCCCAGAACAGUUUCAGGCUUUCAGGAAUGAAGUGGCUGUCCUGAGGAAGACCCGGCACGUGAACAUCCUGCUCUUCAUGGGCUACAUGACCAAGGACAACCUGGCCAUUGUCACGCAGUGGUGUGAGGGCAGCAGCCUCUACAAACAUCUGCAUGUGCAGGAGACCAAGUUCCAGAUGUUCCAGCUGAUCGACAUCGCCCGCCAGACGGCGCAGGGCAUGGACUAUUUACACGCAAAGAACAUCAUCCACAGAGACAUGAAAUCCAAUAAUAUAUUUCUUCAUGAGGGCCUCACAGUGAAAAUAGGAGACUUUGGUCUGGCAACUGUAAAAUCCAGGUGGAGUGGAUCCCAGCAGGUGGAACAGCCCACGGGCUCAAUCCUGUGGAUGGCCCCUGAAGUGAUCCGGAUGCAGGACAGCAACCCCUUCAGCUUCCAGUCAGAUGUCUACUCCUAUGGAAUAGUGUUAUAUGAGCUGAUGACAGGAGAGCUGCCCUACUCCCACAUAAACAACAGAGAUCAGAUCAUUUUCAUGGUUGGCCGGGGCUAUGCUUCCCCAGACCUCAGCAAGCUGUACAAGAACUGCCCCAAAGCCAUGAAGAGGCUCGUAGCAGAUUGCUUGAAGAAAGUUAGGGAAGAACGACCUCUGUUCCCACAGAUCCUGUCGUCCAUUGAGCUCUUGCAGCACUCUCUACCCAAAAUCAACCGCAGCGCCUCGGAGCCGUCCCUGCACCGCGCCGCCCACACCGAGGACAUCAACUCGUGCACGCUGACCUCCACCAGGCUGCCCGUGUUCUGAGCUGUGUUGUCACUGCUCCUGGGCCCUGCUCCUGGCUGGAGCAGCAGCAGGAACACCAGCUGUGCUUCCCAUGCCUCGGUGUCAGGCUCCUCCAGCAGGAUCCUGCGUGUCCCACUUGUACAAAGAAGCUGCUCCGGAUUCGUGCAGUUCUCAGCCUGCAGGGACACGGCUCCUCAUUGCCUUUGCUACCAUCUCUUGUUCUGGGAGAGGUAACAGACUACAAAUCAAGAGAUCUAUUACUAUUUUUUUAAUAGAUGCACUUGAGCCUUAUUUUCCCCUUCCCAGAAGCGAUGGCUGUUUCUUUGGCAGUGGCUCUGGCUGGGUUUGCUGUGUGCUCACUGAGGUGGCUCUGAGGACAGGUGAUGUUCUGGUGCUCUGACUGCCCCAUGCCAAGUGCCACCUCACCCUGGGGAGUUGUGCCUGGAGUGGGAAGAGGAAAUAACUCUGGAAAUCAGCUCCUGCCUAAGAGCUUCACCAAGCCAAUGAAAUAAGUUCAAAUGCUAAUUCAACACAAAAUAGUUUUGCAAUAGUUUUGCACAUAGAAGAAAAAACUCUUGCAAAAGGAUGGAAUCUGUUGUGAAUUGUCCUGCUCAGAGAAGGACGUGAGCCAGUCCUGCUUUGGUCAUCUUGAGAAGCCUCCCAGCUGCCUUUGGUACUAUGGACCUGUUCCUGGAGCCCAGGCAGGGUGAGUGAGGAAUGCUGGGCUGGGGGCUGGAAAAGGCUGAGGGCUGCUCCCACCUCCUGCAGAGGCUGCAUCCCAGCGGAAGCUGUCACCCAAGAGAUGCACUAGCAAGAGGAAACUGAGCAUAUACAGUUUUUCUUGUUGAUUUGGGUUUUAAUUUUGUUUUUAUUGCUCCUGAGAAAAUGCAUUUAUUGUAAGCCAAGGUUCCUCUGAUUAUCUUAUUUUAAUAAAAUAAAUUAAAUUUUA